GGGAUAUAUUACUAGUAUUAAAGUGACUAAAACGUGGUAUGAAAAUGACUCAUAUAUACUAGCUGAUCAAGCCAAACAAGUUUUGUACAUGAACGAUCCUAAAUUAGGACGUGACUGGAGAGUUGUGCAACCAUUUCAACAUAGACAUAUAUAUGAUGUGCCAGAGAGACAGGACGAAGUGAUAAAUGUUGAUGAUGAUUCUUCGAUGGAAGACGAAGUGUAUCAAGAGAUUGAAAUUAACGAUACAUUUGAAGUUAUCCAAAAUGAUAUACAAUCCUUACAUAGAGAGGAUAUACAAUCUGAAGACGAUGAGGAAACAUUCAUUUCAAACGAAUCAGUUGUAUCACGUGCAGUUGAUAUCGAUGAUGCCCAUGAAGAAGAUUUAGAUGACACUCCAAUUGAUAGUACUGAAUCCUCCCAACAAAGUACUAGUACUGGUUCUGAGUUUGAAAGUGACGAUUCUGAUGGAUAAUUUGAUGUUGCUUGCUAUUCUCAAUGAAAUGUGGAAUCCUUGCUCAGGAAUCAUGACAGCUUCUUCUAGACGACAUCUCAGCAAUUGUCUUGAUGUGAUGCUCGUUCCUACACUGCUCUUCAAGUCUCACAUAAAUUUUGUUGAGAAGAGAAGUUGCUCUGAAUAUGCAGAAUGGUUGGUGGGAGAGUUCUGAAUAUAGGAUUUUAUUAAACUUCGUUCAUGUAGUUUUUAAUGUUAAUCUGUAUGCAAAUUUUAAUAUCUCAUGACCUAUUUUAUUCUCUGUUUCACAAAGUUUGAAAAUACUUAGUUUGUUCAGAAGGAUGAAUAGCAGGAGCUUGAACAAGUUGAAUAUUAAACUUUCUUUGAGGUUGACUGUGAACUGAUGUUGUC